AUGGCGCCGAAAGCGCCGACGUUCACCCCGAACAAGCGGGCCAAGACACAGACCCCGGGCUCCCCCAGUGCUGUUGGAGCUGCGUCCACCUCAGCCAGCACUCCACCCAGUGCUCCUCGUGACUUGCGCAAGCUGAGCGCCGAGGCCAAAGCCAGGGUGUUCGAGGCCCAGCCCCGGAGGCAGCCCGAGAAACCCCCAAGCGCCGACAUCCAGCUGUGCGUGACCAAGUACACGGACGUGUCACGCACCUUGUGGCCCGACAGCCCGCCCGCUGUGCCAUUGUGGGGCGUCCGCCUGGGCCACGCGGCCUGGCCCUCCCUCGAAACGCAGGUGCUGAAAGCGCUCGAGGACUACCUCGUGAUCCAAAACAAGGAGGACGAGGAGUGGCCGAAGGACCUGAAGGAGCUUCGCAGCCUGCAGAACAUCGCUGUGUGCGUCGCAGGCAAGGACAGCCACGGCGAUCAGGGCCUUCCCAUCCAGACAUGGAGCGUGGUGAUCUGGGUCGCGGGGGACGCCGACGCCCUCAGCAACGCCCUGAUGCUGCUCGAUUCUUUCAUCAUGUUCCGCGCCCAGCACCCGCGCAUCGCGGACAAGAAGCCAUGGCCUGCAGUCUCGUCCCUCAAGGUAAAGUUGCACCUUCCCAGCGGCAUGACGCUGCCAGGUUACGCUGCCGACGACAUGAGCAUCUCCACGACGAUGAUCACCGACGCGGGCCCCCCUCCCUUGAGCAUCCUCCAGGCGCCGCCCCCUUUCAGCAACCGCAUCGUCAUGGCCAGCGUCGACAUAGUGGACGCGAACACCGUGGUUCUGGCGUGGGACGGGAGGACCUACCCAUUCAGAGAAAAGUUCGACGUCGCCGGACUCCCCCGCGUGGCCGACAAUCUCCGAGUGCUGCCCGAGGACAUGACUGACAUGAGCAACCCGACGAACUACGCCUUCGCCCUCAACGUCUUCAACUCCGUGCUGGAGAACGUCGUGUGCCACAUCACCAUCCCUUGGGACACGGUGCCGCAGGAUGGCAAAGUGCUCGAGCUUCUGACGGAGAUCUCGGACAAAACCAACAUCUUCACGAAUAUCAUCGGCGCCAGCGCGCAGUGCCACGCCCCAGCUACCACUACGCUCCUAGGCGUCCCGUACUGCGACGCCCACGCGAGACAAUUCCGCGGUGAGCGGAUGGCAGUGCUCGACCUGUGCAGGCACUCCGACGACAACGUGCUGCCCCACCGCGGCAGUGCCAUGACGCACCAGUGCCAGCACUGCGGCGCCUACAACUUCUCCGAGGAGCUAAUCAAGAACAAGCACUUCAGCAUCUGCUGCCAGAACGGCAAGCUCACCACUAAGCAGAUCAGGACGCUGCCGCAACCGCCGCCCGAACUUCUCGAACUUUUACAAGGGGGCAGUGCCACUGCGCGAACAGCUGCCGCCAGCCUCAAGCUGUACAACAACGCCUUCUCGUUUGUGUCUUACGGCUCCGAAUGCUUCGACACGCUGGCAUCGGGGAGAGGCCCGCCUGUGAUGAUUUGCCAUGGGACUGUCUACCACAACGCUGGUUUCUUGUUCCCCCAAGAAGGGGCGACGCCGAAGUGCGCGCAGCUUUACCUGUACGACCACAACGUCGCCACGCAGCACAGGCAAGGCAACGCGUACUACGAGAACCUCGACGCGGACUGGCUCCGCCGAUUCGCCGCCAUGAUGACGCGGGUGUGCCCCUAUGUGCAGACGUACCGCCAGAUGCAGACAAUCGCCCAGCAGCACCACGCCCCCACCGUGCAGCUCGCACUCGCAGCCAGUAAAGAGAACGACAUGAGGAGGUACAACAAGCCGCAGACGCUGGAACCCGCAGUGAUAUUUGCAUCUGGCGACGGCGCCCACAGGCACUCCAAGGACAUUGUCGUCUGGCCGCGGGAGGAGGGGUACGAAGCUCACAGGAUCCACGAGGACAGCGAACACGUCGACCCGCUUGCUUACCCGCUGCUGUUUCCCUACGGAGACCCCGGCCCUCGCUGGUACCUGUACCUCCUGCUGCUGCACACACCUGGGGCGCGUUGCUGGGAAGACCUCGUCACCGCGACCGCUGAGAACGGAGACCGGCGAUUCUUCGAAACGCUUGCGUGGUGCCCCGGCACUUUGGCUUGGAAACCCACAGGCAUUCCCGAUUACAAGGCCGCGUGCCAGGCAAGAGGCCUCACGACCAGUGACGACGAGUACAAAUUCGCUCUGGCAGACGCAGCUCACACGAAGCAUGCGCGGGCGCUUCGAACACUCUUCGCCAUGGCCCUUCUGCACGCGGACGUCUCCAACCCACUCGCACUCUUCGAGGAGUUCGCCGACGACCUCGCCGACGAUUUCGCCAGGGACCACUCUACAGAAGAAGCCCAGAACAUGUGCUUGCAGGCGCUCCAGGACACUUUGUGCCAGGCUGGCAAGUUGUUGUCCGAGUUCGGCUUGCCCGCGCCGAAAGCCACGGAUGCUUCCGGACCCCAGAACCGCGACCUCCAACGAGAGCUCGACUACGUGCCGCGCGACGAAGCCGAAGCAGCCGCUGCGAAGCGAGCGUUGCUGAACGAAGCUCAGCUCGGCGCGUACGAGGCUAUCCUGGCAGCUGUCGCAGCUGAGACCCCGUUCGUCGCCUUCAUAGACGGUCCGGGGGGCACCGGGAAGACGUUCUUGUACGAAACCGUCUUGCACGCGGUCCGUAGCGAGAGCAAGGUUGCAUUGGCGUGCGCCUGGAGCGGCAUCGCCGCCGUGCUCCUCCCGGGAGGUCGGACCUGCCAUUCCCGGUUCGGACUGCCCGUGCCCAUGCCGACAGAGGACGUGCAAUCCAACAUCGCCGCCAACUCCAACAGAGCCUCUGUUCUGAAGGCAGCGAGCAUAGUCAUAUGGGACGAAGCCCCAAUGGCACCACGAGAAGCCGUUGAAUGCGUGGACCGGUUGCUUCAGGACAUCAUGGGCACGGAGGUCAUGUUCGGAGGCAAAGUGGUCGUCUUCGGAGGUGACUUCCGCCAGGUCCUUCCGGUCAUGCCCCGCGCGUCGAGGGACGAGAUCGUCGAGCACUCCCUCAAGAACAGCGACCCGUGGAGAACAGGGCGCGUGGAGAUCUUCCACUUAGUGGAGAACAUGCGCGCAGCCCUCGACAAGGGAUGGCAACGCUACCUGCUCGACGUCGGGGACGGGUCCACCCCAUUUGCGACGGAGAUAGGACCUCAGGCUAUCCGCCUUCGGGAGGACAUUGUGGCGCCAACGGGAUGGGGCCCUGCCGAUUUGGCCGGGCACGUGUUCCCAGAUCUACCAACACAGGCACAGGCCAUCGUGGCGGCCCCGGACGCUGCCGAGCCCUUGUGCUACUUCAGAGACCGCGCAAUCCUCGCCCCAACGAACGCCGUGGCUGAUGCAGUGAACGCCACGCUGCUGGAGGCGCUGCCUGCAAGCACGCAAGUGACGUACUACAGCAUCGAUGACAUAGACGCGGGCACACCCGAAGAGCGCAAUCUUUGGCCCGUGGACUUCCUCAAUUCCCUAUCUCCGAAUGGACUCCCACCGCAUGCGCUCACAGUCGCGCCCGGCGCGCUUGUCAUGCUGCUACGAAACCUGAACCCAGACGAGGGGCUCAUCAACGGGGUGCGCGCCGUGAUUCUCCGCGCGGCACCGCGAGUGCUCGAGGUGGUGCUCGUGAGCGGGAGCAAGGCUGGGCAGCGCGCAUUCAUUCCGCGCCUCCCUUUGGCGCCCAAGAACCCAGAUCUCCCCUUCAUCCUCAGGAGGACGCAGUUCCCAGUGAAGCUAGCUUGGUGCAUGACAGUCAACAAGGCCCAAGGGCAGAGCCUCAAAAAGGUCGCCCUGUAUCUCCCGCAGCCCGUGUUCUCACACGGACAACUCUACGUGGCGCUCAGUCGGGUGGGGAGCUCCCGCGACAUGCUGGUGCUGGUAAACGACACUGACGAACAGGGCUACCGGAGCGAGGUGGCCGACGCCGACGCAGGCACCUACACCAACAACGUCGUUUGGACAGAAGUUUUAUUGGAGCACGCACAAGCGCACGCCCGUGACCAAACGGACCUGCAGAUGCGCGGCAGAACGCCCCCCUUCAAGCACGACAACACUGCACGUAGCUUCGAUCCUGAACAACCUCGGCCUGAUUUCGGAGACUUCAUCGACGAAGCAAGCGGGGCGCCCCCCACUCCUCACCAGAGCCCCCGCCAGACGAACACCGACGACGUGGCCACGGAAGCGGACGAGUUCGGCGUAGUGCUAUCCACUGCACCGUCUGGCAACGCACACUUCAGCUCUGCGAUGCAUCCGCCAGAUACCGUCGCCGCGCCGAGCGCGCCGGCGCGCGGGACCGCCCUGCCCUUCGAGGACGUGCCUGGCGAGAUUGAAGGCGUCGCCAAUGCCGGCGACUCGGCUGCAGACGACGCCCCGCAACGAUUCCAAGGCCAUUUUGAACGGCAACGCGGCGCUCGCUGCGGCUUGCACGCCAUUAACAAUGCAGUCGGUUACCAGCUGCUGAACGAAGGCCUCCUGCGGCAAGCGUGCGCCCUGUACCUUGAGCAGAGCGCCCGAGAAGGAAACAUAGAGCACAGUGACGCCCACAUUGACGGAGACGGAAACUACUCCGAGGCGCUGCUCUCCUUCGCCCUCCAGUGGCACCACAACCUCUACGAACUCAACUUGAACAACCCUUUCCUCGAGGCCGAGGAGUCCAUGCUGAGGAUAUACGCACCGGAUGUUGUAGGCGCCCUCAUCAACGAGAACAACGUCCACUGGUCGGCCAUCCGCACGCAGGAGGGAAGGUUGUGGAGACUGGAUAGUUCGCAGCCGAAACCCAUCCCCAUCAAUUGGUCCCAGUUCCGAAACCUCAUCACGACUUUCCGCAAGGUCUACCCAGUCAUGUGCAUUUCGACUGAGGGCGUGCCCUCGUGA